CGCGCCCCUCGGGCGGGGUGGGGGGAGGUGCGGGGGUGGGCCGGGGUUUCGGUGGCGGCGCGCUCGCUCCCGGGAGGCGCGCGCGCGCCCAGGGCGGUGGGGAGAGAAGCAAGCCGGGCCGGAGCCGAGCCGGGUGUGUGUGGGGGUGCGUGUGGCGUGUGGCGUGAGCAGGAGCGUGUGUGAAGGAGGGCGGGCGGCGGGGAGCGAGUGCGAGGGGCCAAGCCGAGCUGAUCCGCCGCGAUGAACACGGUUCUGUCGCGGGCGAACUCGCUGUUCGCCUUCUCGCUGAGCGUGAUGGCGGCGCUGACCUUCGGCUGCUUCAUCACCACCGCCUUCAAAGACAGAAGGGUCCCGGUCCGAGUCCACGUCUCCCGAAUCAUGCUAAAAAAUGUAGAAGACUUCACUGGACCUAGAGAACGAAGUGACCUGGGAUUCAUUACAUUUGAUGUAACAGCCGAUCUAGAGAAUAUAUUUGAUUGGAAUGUAAAGCAGUUGUUUCUAUAUUUAUCAGCAGAAUAUUCAACAAAAAAUAAUGCUCUGAACCAGGUUGUCCUUUGGGACAAGAUCAUUCUGAGAGGCGAUAAUCCGAAGCUGCUGCUGAAAGAUAUGAAAUCAAAAUAUUUUUUCUUUGACGAUGGAAAUGGUCUCAAGGGAAACAGGAAUGUUACUUUAACCCUCUCUUGGAAUGUUGUACCAAAUGCUGGAAUUCUACCUCUUGUGACAGGAUCAGGACAUGUCUCUAUUCCAUUCCCAGAUACAUAUGAAAUAACAAAGAGUUAUUAUUAAAUUAUUAUUCUGAAUUUGAGCAACAUAUUUUUAUACUUAAUGAAUUUUAUCUCAUUUGCCCCAUCCCUUUGCUCCUUUUUGCUCCUUCUUCUUUUGCCCUAAUAGCAAGAGAAAACUUGCUUUUGGUUGUAACUUUUUUAAAAAUUAGGUUUCUUUUGGUUUUUGUUUUUUUUACAAGAGCCAACAUUGAAAAACAUAACUGAAAGGAAAGGUAAAUAGGUGACAAAGUUUUUUUGAAAUUGGCCACCUGAAUGAAGUAUUACCUUUCUUAUUAAUAAAAGUUGAAAAACCCUCAAAUAGUCUUGAUUUGUAAAAUAUCUGUUUGAAGUAUUCUCUGCAUUUCCAUUAUUCUUAUGGAAUAUAAAGUGAAGAGCAUGAAGGGUAGUUAAAACUUCCAGGUGCCUGUAGAGUCAUAAGAACUCUGUAUUAUAUGCCUUCCAUUCAUGCAAAUAAGCAUUUGAUGUGAUUCAGAUGUAGACAUUCUCUUGUAUCUUUUCUGAGUAUGUCUGAUAACCGGCAAAAUACUGUCAUAUAUUGUUAUAUAUUAGAAGUCUGGUUUACAAAAUAGCUAAAAGUGACUUAAGUGUCACUUAGGAAUGCCCAUAUUUCUUUUUUUUUAAUACAGGUAACUAGCAAUUUUCUCCACUUAAAAGGCUAAAUACCUCUUUAUAUGCUAUAAGCCUGUCUGUUACAAAAAUUUUUAAAGCCUCUUAAGUGAACCAAAUGUGUGUCUUUUAAGUACUUUUUUUUUAAACUUUCCUUCCUGUGAUAUCUUUAUAUAACUUCUUAGCAUUGUCACUGAGAAUUGAAGAUUUCAGCAUGGUUUAUCCUCCUUUCUAACAAGUCUAUCUUGGUGAGCAUGCCUAGUGUCAUUGAAUGGGGAUUAUUUAAAAGCUUCCACCAGGCUAUACUUUGAUACUAACGGUAUGAAAAUAGUACCAGCUUGCCACAGCUUACAGGCCAUUCUACAGAGCCAUAUCUGGUCAUCAUGUUUGUUAACUCUGGAUGCCUUGUGCUCUGCUUCCUGAGUGUUAUGUCAUCUUGUGAGGGGGAACAAGUGAGUGUAGAUGUUAUCCUGAGAACCAUUCCAUGGAAUUUAUUUGUAGUUAUUUUAAACAUUUUUGUAUCUCAGAAAUUGAGAGAAGGGACCUCAGAGAUAUAAACCAGUUCAUUUGCAUGCUAAGUUAUAAACAAACUGCAAUUGGCCAUAGUUAGCAUACAUGCUCACAUUCAGUGCAAAUCAAAUUGUAAGAUAUAUAGCAGGUAACAAAUUUGAAGUUGACAUUAAACCUUUUUAUAAAUUGGCCUUAAAAGUUGCAAAUAGGAAACCAUAAAUAAACUUCCUCUCAAGAGCAAACAUUUUAACACAGUGGUUACAUAAUUGGGAACAAUCAAAUGGCUUCUUCUUUCUUAAGAAUUAUUCUGAUGUCCUAACAAAAAUUGUCUUUUAUCUUUAUUCACAACAACCAUUUUUUAUAAAUGCAAAUUUAGUGAGUUGCUAUUAUAAUUAAUAUAACCCAUUUAUAAAUCCUAGUCUUGGACUCUGACAUAUUUCUUCAGGAUUGAAUGUGUCAAGGGAAGAAAAGUAAGGUAAAGGUUUCAGAUGGGGGGUUACUUUUAGCAUAAGGAUGCUGCUUGAAAAACAGCCCAUGGGAUGAGGAGGAGCCCUAAUAUUAGGAAGGAUAACCUACUUUGAUCCAGCUUUCCCUCAUCCAAUACAAAAUAAUUUUUCUUGGAUCCCCCAGGCCUUGCAAACUUAACUCCCUUAAGGUAAUAUGGACUAAUAUCAGCUUGGAAAUAUGGCGCCUAGACUGACACUAAAACUACUAUAAUUGAGCUUGAAUGAUAAGGGCAUGGCUUGAUCAUAGAAAGCAGUGGUGUACAACAAGCAGCCUGCUGUUCAGCUAGUACUUUAUUUGAGCUACUGGAUAGUCGCGAAAGUUUGAGAAAGCAUUAAUUAUUUAUAAGACUUCUACUCACAUUGAGUGAGUUUGAUGGAAGUGACAAACCAAGAUUGGCCUGAUGCUAUUUAAUUGUUUACUUGAUGUGUAAUUAGGAAGCAAAGUAUAGUAACACCUCAUUUAAUCUGGAUAGUCUAGUGAUAACUGAUUAGUCUGUUUCACUUGUGAGUUUGUUCAGGGCAAGGAUAGUACCUGAAUUAAGGGCCUGGACUCCAGGAACAUUUCUGAGGGCACACAAUUCUAUUGGUUAAUCAGUGCUUAGUAGCCAGAUCAACUUCAGAACCAAAAUUAUUUGAAAGAGGUUUCAUUAAAAAAUAGAAAUAUGAACUUGUUACUGACUUUUAAGUAGAAAUACUCACGAAGUGCAUACAUACUAUUGAAUUGUAUGAGAAAAAGCUUUGAAAAAUAAAAUUUAAGAAGUUAUAGGGUCCUGAAAAAGCUUUGGGUAAUUGGAAGGCACUUAGUAAAGUAAUUCUGGUUUAAAAAAAAAAAGGGAGAUUAAAAACUUAUGGCUUCAGACUGCCUCAGUUUUAGUUAAUAGUAAGUUAAAAGUUAAAUCUAUUUUUUCCUUUUGUCGAAAUUGCAGUUUCUGUAGUGGCAGUGUUGGGUUAAAAUACAAGAAUGCUUCAAAAGUUUUUGGAAAAUAAAUAAAAUUUCAUUAAAAUCUAAAUUGUAGCCUCCAAUAAAAAACAUUUUAUUAUACUUCCUCUGGGUCUACCCAUUCUGCAGAGAGGCCUGAAUUAGAUUCCUUUGGUUUGUGACCUUUGAGAGUUAUAAUUAUCACAGUAAUUAAAGUGGCUCAUCCAAAAGAUAGUAGUCAGGUACAUUUUAGGUGCAAAUCUUGAGUCACAAAAGUGGGAGGCUGUUUCUGCCUAGAACUCCUGGGUACAAUGUGGUGCAGCUUGCUUAUGGGUUCUAGACCCUGGUGUGGGUGCUACUUAACCAGGUUGUUAAUGUGUGUUAGUUUGAAAUGAAAUGAAAUUUUUGGUGUUGUGAAAAGCCAUAAGCUGUGAACUUUGGUAAUGUUGGUAGUAACCAAACUUAAGCCCAUACAUUUCCAAUGCUUUCCUUGCUUUAGCAGAGACUGUUUACAUGAAGAAAUGAAGCAAUUUUUGUUGUUGCCAAUGGCUUAGAGACAAUUGUUUAAGAAAAAGUUGCAUAUUUUUGAUGCAGUUUGGGCAAUUGUUUACGUAAUAGAUGAAGAUUUCAUGAGGAAAACAAUGGAAAUACUAAAGACAAUGAGGAUUUUCUUAAUUGCAAUAAGUAUUCAGCAUUUUUAUUAAUAAAAUAAAUUUGGUUUAUAAGUAAAUGAUGCAUCUUAAAGAA